AUGGCCAAUCAACUUGUCUCUACUUCUGUCUUGCCUUCUUCAUGGAGAUAUGAUGUAUUUUUGAGUUUUAGAGGUGAGGAUACACGCUUUACUUUUACCGAUCAUUUAUACCAAGCUUUGGUCCGUAACGGAAUCAACACCUUCAUUGAUCGCCAUCUUGUAAGAGGGGAAGAAAUAUCACCGGCUUUUCUAAAAGCAAUUGAAGACUCAAGAAUUUCGGUCAUUGUAUUCUCAGAAAACUAUGCAUCCUCAAGAUGGUGCUUGGAUGAGCUCGUACAUAUCCGUGAAUGUAGACAGUCAAGGCAGCAAAUAGUUUGGCCAGUUUUUUAUAAGGUGGAUCCGUCUCAUGUACGAAAUCAAACGAGUAGUUUCGGUGACGCAUUUACAGGACUUGAGUGCAAAUACAAGGACGAGGAGAAGAUCCUCUUAUGGAGGAGUGCUCUUAAAGAAGUUGCAAAUUUGUCAGGACAUACUAUCAAAGAGGGAGAAUAUGAAGCUACAUUUAUCAAUAAGAUUGUUAAGGAGAUCUUAGUCGAAGUACUACAACGUUCUUAUUUGCGUAAUAAAAAUAUAGAUCGUUGGCAAGCUAUAUUGGAUAGUUACGACUCUUACGAAGGAGAACCUUAUAGAGGAAUUCAAAGAACACUUCGAAAAAGUUAUGAUGCCUGGGAUUAUGUCGUGCAACAAGUGAAUCUUGUCACGUUUGAUAUGCCAUAUAGUGGCAUCAAACAAUUGAAGGGAUUUAAGAAUUUGGCAAAGCUUACAUCAAUGAAUUUAAGUGGUUGCGAAUUCUUGAAAAAAAUCCCCGACUUAUCCGGAAGCCCAAACUUAAGGGACUUGAAUCUAAGUAAUUGUAAAAGUUUGGUUGAGGUUGAUGAUUCUAUUGGAUUCCUCGAUAAACUUAAAGAUCUGAGUCUUCGUGGGUGCUCUAAGCUUAUGAAGUUUGCAACAAGACUUGGAUUGAGAUCGCUUCAAGUGUUAUCUCUUUGUGAGUGCACAAGACUUGAGACUUUCCCAGAAAUAGAGGAGGGCAAGAUGGAAUCCCUAUGGUAUUUGGAUAUAGAAAAAAGUGGCAUAAGAAAAUUGCCUUCAUCAUUUGCAUAUCUUACUGGGCUUGGAACGUUGAAAGGAAAUGGUUGUGAGAACCUUGCAAAUACAUCAUUACGUCAUUACAUCAAUGUUGAUUUCCUUGAAUGCUCAAAACUCGUGACCGAAUCUCAGCUGCUUUCAACUGAUUCAGAUGACAACUGUAUCACAUUAGCCUUUCCUAAGUUGCAUUAUCUUGGUUUUAGAGGAUGCAAUUUAUCAGAAAGUGAUUUUCUUGUGCCUUUUAAUUGUUGGUCCACAUUAGCAGAACUUGAUCUGUCGAGAAACAAUUUUGUUAGUCUUCCGGAUUGCAUUAGCAAAUUUGUCAACUUGGAGACACUUUCAUUAAGCGGUUGCAAGAGGUUUCGGGAAAUUCCUCAAGUCCUUCCACCAAAACUAGUUGAGUUAUAUCUGGAUGAUUGCACAUCAUUGGAGAAAAUUCCACCACUACCCCCGAUGCUUAGGAUUCUGGACUUGUGUAACUGCUUUGGACUAAGUGGUGAUGAGGUGCAAAAGUUGGAAAAUAAUUUGUUGAACUCCAAUCAGGUUCCUCUCUCCUCUUACUUUCUCUUGAAAUUUAGAAUAUAUUUUGUUGAUACUUGA